CAGACAGAUAAGUGUAGUGUAUGUCGUUUCAAUAAAAUUUGAACUCAAGUUGAAUAGAUUGUGAUUGUCAGAGACCAUGAAGUUGACACUACUGUUGACGUUCUUAGUAUGCUGUCUCCUAAUGUCGAUCACCGUCAUCAAAGCAGGAACACUGGAGAAGGUAGUCCAUCAUGAAGAAGAAGAUGAUGACGAUGAUAUGCUUGGAAAAGAUAGUGGAUCGAAACAAAUACUUUACACAUUAUGGCAAUCGUCUAAAACUGGACGUAGACAUGUAUACAAAGUAAUUGAUAAAUAUCUCAAGAAGGAGGAUUUAGACAAGAAAUUAUUAGAAAUCGCUAAGAUUGUAGGUAAACGAUUUGAAAAACGUAUGGAAUACUUUGCACAAAAGCUGGAUACAUUACUCCAUUAUGAAACAUCAUAGUUAUGAUAUGCAAUAUUUUUGAAGAAUUGUUCAAUAUCGGUCACUAAAUAUAGGCAGUAGUUAUUAGUUUCA